AUGAUGGUGGACGAGACGCUGAACGCGGAAACCGCACGCCAGAUACUUUUGGGCGAACCGGCGCCCCUUAACUCGGCAUUCCACAUCACCUACAACAUGCUGCUCAACCUACUUCGUGUAGAGGAGAUCAACCCGGAAUACCUCAUGGAACGCAGUUUCUGCCAGUUUCAGAACUACGCUAGCCUGCCCGAGUUGGACAAGGAGCUUAAUGAAUUACAGGAGGCGUAUAACUCCACGAAGUUGGAGGAUGAGGAGUCCAUUGAAUCCUAUCAACAGAUUCGAAUGUGUCUCCAUGAUGUCCUCGAACACCAAUGGAAGUACGUCCGACGGCCCGAGUACAUUGUUCCCUUUCUCCAACCCGGUCGUCUAAUAAAGGUAGAGACAGAACGGGAGGACUACGGCUGGGGCGUCGUGAUAAAUCUGAAAAAGCGCCACCGAACAGAUCGCUCCUCCGCGCCGGAGACCUUCUACCUCAUCGACUGCCUGCUCGCUGAUCGC